AUUUUCCUAUUCAUUUGGUCAAAUGAGCUAAUCUGUUGUGUUUUUUCUAUCCUACCUAAUCCCCUGACUUCUUCACUGUAGUCUUGGAAUCCCUGUACUGGUUCUUUAGGUCCCCUGAGUACACCUUGAUUCCUAUUUCUGACUUAUUCACAGUUUUCUCUGUUUUGUUGCCUAAAUUGAUCCAACAAAGAUUAGAGUCUACUGUGAAGAAAAACUACUAUUGUAAUAUAAUUACAUUUUACGUCAUAUAUGGGAGCCUCAGGAAUACAUUCACUUGAUCCGUCCUAAGUAAGUUAUGGAUGUUUUAGCUAGUUCAGGGCAAGAGAGGUAUUGACUCUGUAAACUAGAAUUAUAUAGGAAAGAAGGGGGGAAGGUGAGGGAAUGGGUUGUUAACUUCAGAGAGGCCUGUUCAAAGGUAAUUUGAAAAAUGGUUUGUCAGUUACUUAAGAUGGGACAUUGGGUUUCGUCUUGGCACAUGUUUAACUUGAACUGAGGCUUGUUUUCAGUCUUAAAGUAAAACUAUUUAAGGAACUUUGGAGUUCAGAGCUAUAGAUGAUAGACGCAAACUGUUCAGUUUUGCAUAUUAAAAUGUGAUAAAUAUUUUAACUGCUUCCUUUGUAAUGCAUUGUCAAAGUACACCCAAGACCUUAUCUACUGGAAAGAUGGCAAACUAUCCAAUAUACUUUGUCACUAAUAACAUUCAUUACCCAGUUUGAUGCUGAACUUCUGAAAGUCUUGUCUAGUUUUUCCAUAGAAUGUAAAAGAAAGAGGUCUUGAAGUGUUGAGUAGAAACUCUAUCUGAAAUUGGCCAAGUUCACACAACCCAUGUUGCAUAAAGGCAUGGAUUCCCUUCAGCCUGAUCAGUUACUCUUUCAUCAGAAUUACCUAGCACAUUUCCAGGGUAGGUAUCUCUGGAAAAGGCAGAGAAGAUCAGAAGGAAUAGAACUACCUGCUAAAAAUAAAGCCAACAAAGUUUUGAGAGCUGCUGACAGAAACCUGGCAACAGAGGAGUAGCAUUGCUAAGUCUAACUUGGAGACAAUCCUGACUUCAUUAGAAAUGCAAGAGCUCAUUCAAAAAGAAAGUUAGAACCUGCAUGACAGGGGGAGGUGAGACAUGAGAACAAAGAGGAUGUUUGUUACUGAAAUACUCAUUUGAUAUUUCUCUUAUUAAUAGGGAGGGUGGUAGAUGCCAGUGCUUAAACACCAUGGUGAGAGACAGCUCAGAAACAAUGAAGAUGGAUAGGGGACACUACACAGAAGAUGAGAUCUGCUCAGUAUCCUACCCCAGCAGAAUUGGAUGCUUAUGCUAAGAAGGUUGCCAACAAUCCACUGACUAUAAAAAUUUUUCCAAACAGCGUCAAAGUUCCCCAGAGGAAACACAUACGCCGUACUGUGAAUGGACUUGAUACUUCAGGCCAGAGGUAUAGUCCUUACCCAUCUCAGCCCACCACAAAAACAGGCCUGCUCGCAAUAGUCAAAUCUCCAGCUAAAGGAAUUAUCAAAGACUUUGACGGAACACGCUCACGUCUGCUGCCGGAAGCAAUGAUGAAUCCCCCUUCCACACCAUAUGUUGCACCUAGCACUUUAAACCACCCUCAGGCGCUUGCUCGCCAGCAGGCCCUUCAGCAUGCACAGACUCUGCCACACCCCCAGAGUAUACCGCAGCCACAAAGCUUAACACACCCUCAGGGUAUACCGCAGCCGCAGACUUUGCCACACCCUCAGAAUAUGCAGCAGCCACAGAGCUUGCAGCAUCCGCAGACCAUGGCACAUCAGACUCUGCAGCACCCUGCAAACACUUUGCUGCAGCCAGGUUUACAUGGAAGCAGAAAGAUGCCAGAUGCAGAUGCACCGCCGAAUGUGACCGUGUCUACCUCAACCAUUCCCCUCUCUAUGGCUGCCACUCUGCAGCAGAACCAGCCACCAGACCUGAGCAGCAUUGUGCACCAGAUUAACCAGUUCUGCCAGGCCAGAGCUGGCAUUAGCACUACCUCAGUAUGUGAGGGACAGAUUGCAAACCCGAGCCCCAUAAGUCGCAACCUGCUUAUCAAUGCAAGUACCAGGGUAUCGACUCACAAUGUUCCCACUCCCAUGCCUUCCUGUGUAGUAAACCCUGUAGAUCAUGCUGCUGCUAUUCCUUCUUCUGCCUCUGUUAAUUUACCCAUGAUAAACAUCAACAGGGUGCCAUCUGCAUAUCAGAAUGAAAUGAAAUCAGUUGCAUGGAACCAGCAUCAGCUUGCACAUCUCCAGCAAAUGUGUGGCGAUGCUGCUGGACCUACUGGACUUGCGGGGAAGCACCCUCAGAGAGAGAUUGCAGGGCAAGGUUUUCCUGGUAAAACUUCAAACUACCCCCAAGAACUGUGCAUGGGCCAGUCUUUCAACUUAAAGCCUCCUAUUGAGAAGCCUACACCUUCCCCACCUGUGAAUGGAUUGCAGGGACCCUUGCCAUAUACUAAUGGGCACUAUUUCCAGCCCAUAUGGAAUAACAUUCUGCCCACACCAAACAGUGACAGCUCUGGGUCACAGGACCUUGCCAUGCCUUUUCAUGGAGGACAGCCAGCAGGGGCACCACUAGAUUGUGCAGCAGGAGCUCAUUAUAGAGCCGGAGCUGGUUCGUCCAGCCAGAAUAAUGUGAUGCAGACCAUGGAUUACCUAAGUGGGGACUUCCAGCAGGCUUGCUUCAGAGAUCAGAGUAUGGCUGUGCUGGGAAAAGUCCAUCGCCCUCCCAUGAACCGAGCACCUGAACCAACUGAUAGUCGAAAUCUUCAUAUUCAGCACCCGGGGUAUAGAUAGGCUGCAGUCACUUUCACAGACAAAAUUAGAGGUUUAGUCUUAAUUUUAAUUAAUAAGUAAAGUAUUUUUAAUUUGCAAACUUGUGUGAUCAUUAUAAUCAUUGAAACAAGACUAAAUGUGUAUUAAAAGCUUUACAUCCACAUUUUCACUUGUUAGCAUCAAAUAUAUAACAUGUCUUUUUGUUUCAAAUAACUUGAUUACACUACUGCACCUACCAGCUGUUUCUUCACCACAGAAUCCUCUUUGCUCAGCUUUUGCCUUCUGCUUGGUGACUACUUGCUGGUCUGUUAAGUUGCUGCCGGGUUCACAGUUAUCUGAUAGCCAGCUCUUAAAGAGCUAGGUAGCAUAGAUGCUUACAUUUCCAUUUAAAUUUCCUCUGCAGAUGAAGAGCAACAGAAUUUGUCAGGAAGUAGGGCUUAUUUUCAACUCGAAAGCCUGUUUCAUUAAAUGCAUUAAACAUUGACCAUUUGCACUGAUUAGAGGCUUAUUUAAUUGAAGAGGAAGCCUACCUUUGAAAGGGUUUAGCUAGGGUUAUAUAUUUAGGCAUUAACAUAGGAAGAAGCUUUUUGCUAGCUCUUGUGGAGUUCUGCGUUUAUCAUUUUGACUUUGGUCUAUCUCCAGAGUGAAAAGUCCCUCACAGAUCUUCUGGACACACUGCUGAGGACAGGGUAUGGGAGUGGCAGUUUUAGGAUGUAGGAUGCAUAGCUGCAAUUGUAGCUGCCUCCUUCCCUCUUUGCUUCCACUUCACCAUUUUAAAGCUAACUAUGUCUGGACCCCUCGCUGCUAGGAGUCUAGAUUUCCUGAUACAAAGUGCUGUCUUGAGGUUUUAUUCCAGGAAUCUAGACCCAUUGAUGACCCCACAAAGGGUUCAGUUGCUUCUCCAAUAGGUAGAAUUAAUUUCAGGAUAGAUAAGCAUAGUUAGAAGUCUGUCUCCACUUUAAAGGAAGGGCACAUAGUCACUGGCAUGGCGUUCUCACAUUCCGACAGCAUCAGUGAAAUGAAAGGUAUUUGCUAUGAAAUGAAGCUCUAACCAUGAGACAUGGUGAGACUUACAACACUCUGUUCUUGUAUGUUAAAGCACCACCAUAGAUAUGAUAGAACAGUUCUCAUAUCUGGGAAUUAUCAUUUAAGCUAUUUUUAAAGUACUCUUUUUCCUAGAUUCUCUGUGCCUAACUACUACUUUUUCCUCCCCACAUCACCUAAAGCAGCUAAAUGAGUUGGUGACCAAUAGAACACUAACCUCAGUGUCUCAUUCUCUUCAGCCUAUUGAAACGUCCCUUCUUUUAAAGCUAAAUUUAUUGUAAGUAGGAAGUUUCUCAUCUCUGUAAGUGAGAUUAAUACUUGAACAUAAUGAUCACAGUCGAGUUUGGAAUUUAAAAAAAGAAGUAAAUGCAUUGAUUCUUUAGAUGUACACUGGCUACAAAUAUUGCUCUACACUGUAACUUCGUGUAAUAUUUCUGUAUGAAUGUCGCCUGGUAGUGUGGGUUUGAGUAGCAUUGUGUAUGAGUGAACCCACUGGCCUCUGCCAUUCACUGGCCUCCCUCACAGCCCUUUGAAAAACAAAGCCUUAAGUAUUUGCUCCUUGAACUUUCCUUAAUAAGCAUGAUUUAAAAUCUUAAGACAUCAUACAAAAUUUUAAAAAAAUACACAACAAUUUACAAGUUUUGAAGUGAUGUCAUAGUUGGCUAGAGAUUCUUAAAGAUUUUCGUAAAUGGAAAAAAUUAGAAAACAUUUAUUUGUAUUUUUUAAUUUAGACGUGUAGUUCUGGGCUGUAACAAAUAUUUAGGUUUCAAAGCUUAGCAGAGUAUGUUUUCUGAUUCCUUGCGUAAGAUAGUACACUUAUACCAUGUCAUUAUUUAAAUUCUUUUAAGUGUACUAUAAACUGUUCUUCAGCGAUUACUCUUUAGCAAAGUUAAGCAAUCUGCCUAAAGACAGAUUAAAUUAUGUGUUGGCUUGUGUUGCCUUAUAUUUAAAAGGAAAAAUUGCCUGAUUGUGUUAUGCCAAAUGAUAGCAACAUGAAGUCCUAAUUUAUUGUUUAUAAUCGUAUUCCUGCAGUCUUUGUGAAAACUGGUAAAUAUACAUCUAUGAAAGAACUAAAACCUAAGGCUUUUCAUGCAAUAUUUUUCUGAAUAUAUUAUCUUGGAAGCCAAGGAUUGAGCCUGAAGCUGCUUCCCUUCCAUUUUCCCUGUCGCCUUUUCCCCUCCUCCAAAUUGAUCUAGGGCUGUGCUAUGACUUUAACAUUUCCCACUAAGUUAGUUAUUGUAAGGGGUUCUGCUACGUGAAAUACCUACUUUUUAUCCAAUCCAUUAGCCUGCUGCGAAUCCAACCCCCUGACUGUGAUUCUUCUGCCCUCCCCCUAAAACAAAGAGCUAGUGAAAUCCCAUGUUUUGGCUCUUGACAAAAAGUGGUUUAAAUGUCUGAAGUUAUGCUAAUGUUACAGUAAAAGCCAUGGAAGAUAGUCUGAGAGUCUUGUCAGGAGUUGUUCUGCACUAUUAACUGCAAAUAGAAUCCUCACCUCUGAGACUUUGGCCUGGUGCAGCAGGACUGUGAAGCAAAAAUAUUCAAGACAUAUCCAGGUAGGACAUUCCAUUAGCCUGUUCAAAAAAUAAGAACAAUUUUGCUAUUAAAACCUACUCAGAUAUUUCACCUUGUUCUGAGUCCAAUUUUUAUUGAAAAUAACUACAUUUCUGCGUCAGUGUAUGACUAACAGCUUUUUCUUACACUUAGAGAUUUUUACCCUUUUUUAAUCAAUGUUUUUGUUCACUUACAUGCUUAGUUUAUAGACACAACCUGUAAAAGAAACCUUUACUCCAACAUGAGCCCAGCAAUAAGGGUCCAAGAAAGGACCCCCCUGGACAUGCACUAUUGUUCAAAUGAUGACAAAGGAUAGAGUGGUACUUAGUAUCAUUUGGUAAAAUCUUCUUAUUUUGGGACUCUUUUAUGCAGAGUGAUGCUCUGAUGUGUUUAGUACGAGCCAUGCUUUUGACUUCUAGAGACACUUUGCAGUAUUCAUUCAGUUUGAUAUUUUUCCUUCCUCCAGUUCCUGCUAUAAUUUUACUAAUACAAAGAUGAGUAACUGCUUCUAAGGAAAAUAGAGCAUUCUGGUCCUGUUCCAUGCAAUAUUGAAUGCUGUGAAAGUCUCCCUAGCUAGUGGAACACUGUUUUGCAUGUGUUUAAUUUGUACAGCACUUUUGUAAGCUUUAGGCUUUCACUUGGGUCUUUGACAUAGAUGGGUGUCUUCCACUGGAAUUUACACCACUGUUCUGAUUAGAGCACUUCCAGCUUUCCACGUCUUCUCCACUGAAAGGUCAAGUACUUAUGACCUCUGAUGCAAAUCUCUUGCUUCUGAUGAGUGAAAUCAAUCUUGGACAUUUAUGGAAGAAUUCUUUCCUUUGGAGGGGACAGUAAGGAGCUAAAUAAUCUAUCCCCCCUAAUGCACCACGCUGGUUCAGCAGAAUAUUGCUGUGCGGACACUUCUGCUGGUUUCUAAUGACUGACUUCUGCCCAAUGGAGGUUGUUAUUAAACAGAGCAGAGAGGGGAUAAGUGUGAAAGUGGUGUAAAGGCUUCCAGUGGGAAACUUCCAUCUCUGCUGUAUCUUUUCUAUUGAGCAGGGGCUUUGAAGCUGUUAAAUCAUCAGCCCGAUUUGUUACAGCCCAAAGUUAACAUUUUAUAAUGACACUUAUGAAUUUUUUUUCUUAGAGAACCUUUUCUGAAGCUUAUGAUGUGAAAGAUGUCUCCCCAGAACUCGGCCAUUCCCGUAAAAACCAAACAGAAAUGUUUGCUGGGGUUUGCUGUGGAGAGAAUCGGGAAUUGCUGCUGUAUUUCAUUAAAACACAUACUGAUUAUAUAUACUGCUUCUCAUGUGCUACGGGUAUAACGAGAAUCCUUUUCUUUUCUAUUUUUUUUCUUUUGGUCUUCAGGAAAAAAUAAAAAGUAAAGCCAAAAAGUC